AUGCACACGCAUGCAUGCCUGUAUCACAGAAGAGCUCUCUGGGAUCUGUUUUUAUCUACAUUUCCAGAAGGCUUGGAAAUCAACGAGUAUUGUACUGAACUGCUUCGUAUCUAUGGUGAACGCUAUGUGACUUUGGCGAACUGCCUCGUGACUUAUGCACGACCUGUCAAAGUCUGUCAGAACUGUUACACCGGCUUCAACAGUCUGGAGGACAUUUCUGCCUCUGGAAAUGUCAGUUGCCAUGACAGCCUGAUGCGUUCUGAUAGGUUGAUGCUGCUCCAUACCCUCUUCAUCAAAUUAGAUGAGAUCUGGACAUCAACAGAAUGCAAGCAAUGUCUGAAUGAAGAUCAAGAUGCUCUUUCCAAUGAUACUCUUCAAUUCAUAGCCACUCUGAAUCAGUCAUUCUCCUGCUUUGAACAAUAUCAGAGAAACCACACUGAACUGUGUAAAGACUGAAAAACCUCAUACAAAAGGUUGAACGAGGUAUAUGGUAGAAUGGAGAAAAACCAAAUGCUCUGCAUUGACUUAGAAGAUGCAAUGAAUAUGACACAGCACCUGUGGAGUACAAAUUUUAGCUGCUUGUUGCCUCAGGAGGAGACGGUGCCUGUCAUCGCAGUGUCCAGCUUCAUGCUCUUCCUCCCCAUCAUCUUUUACUUAAGCAGCUUCCUGCACUCAGAACAAAAGAAGCGCAAGCUUAUACACCCCAAAAGAGUCAAGUCUAGCAGCAGCCUAAUGAAUAUCCAAGACAAAUUCAGCUGAGUGGAGAUGAGGCAAGGAGGGGAAGAGAGGACAGUGAUUCUUUGGUUCAUCACUCCUUCUAAACCAACAGGCACUUUCAGUAUGGACGGGUAGGGUUCAUAUCUUCUUCUGGACUCCAAGCACAUCAAAGAAUUUAUGAUUUCCUAGUUAAAUCAAUUUUAUUUUGCACGAUUUGUAAUUUGCACUAUGAAAUACGCCAGUUGCAAGUAUUACUGAUAAUUCUACUGAUUUUGUCAGAGGAUCAGUGAUGAUUUCAAUAAUUACAGUGGAUGCUAGUAUUAGAUUAUUGUAUUUAAGGCAUAAAGGAAAUUUAUCUUGUACAUUAGAAUAGUUAUGCUGCAUUUUUACUGCACUAACAGACCAUGUUACAUUUUAUAUUCUCUAUUUUCCUAGGUGAUAACAAAUUCACAGUCACACACACACACACACACACACACACACACACACACACACACACACACACACACAAACACACAGUACAUGGCUGUGGUGCCAUUUCUGGAAGCACUCCAUGUGCAUUAGAGAAAAAUCUUGUAGCAAAUACUUUAUUCAGGGUCAAAGGUGUAUGCAGUGAGUAGAG